AUGUUGCUGAUAGCCAGCAUUGUUUGCAUGCUGUCGCAACAGAAUUCUUGCCAUGCUUGGCUCGGUGCUGGCUCCUUGAAUAAUCAUCAUCCAUCCAUGAUGACUAGUCGCUACCAUUCCUUUUCUUCUUCCUCCUCGUUUACUACAAGAGUCUACUACACCAAAGAUGAUAAGGAUAACAACAGCAAUGAAAACAACAGUAAUAAGGAAGGAGACGAAGAAGCAGAAGCUCGUCGAAUGGAAGCUGUUCGAUCACUCCAAGUUGCUUUUUACAAGCCCGAUGCCGAUGUGACCGAUGAGGCUGAGAAUAUUAGUAAUGGGAAUGACUCGGACGAGACAUCGUCUUCUUCUUCUUCUUCCACCAGUUCUUCCCCUACUGCUGCGGCGGCAUCGUUGUCCAUGACGCGACUCGAAGCAUCCUCUGGCAAAUUACACAAUUUGCCACUCUGGAGAGCUCCCUGGUGGGAAGUCCCUGGUCGCUCCAAUGUUUUGAACGUCCACGAUCCUAUUUACACAAACAUGUUUGAACAAAUCAUUCGCAAACCGAAACCUUGGUGCUUUGGUCAUUUGUUUCUGGAAGGUGGCUCCAAGAAUCUCCGGGCUGGAUCACUCGCCACUUGGGAGACGCAUGGAGACUCCAAAUGUACCCAACAUUCUGCGACCAUGGGCUGCCUCAUGCACAUUCAAGACUAUCGUCGAUUUUCCAAUGGCCGACUAUUGUUGCUUGUGCAUGCCAUGGAACGCUUUGCAGUCACGGACAUUCAACAGGAAUUGCCCUAUUCGAUUGUGGAUGCUCAAAUUGUGCCCGAUCCCGAGGAGUUGGAUGCCGCCUUUUUGAGUUCCUCCUGUUUGGAGAAAGACGAUGAAUCAUCGUCACUCCCAGAAAACCAACAACUGUUUUGGAAACUUUCCGAAGCCGAUUUGGCAUUGUCUCGCGGCAUGGCCGUCCAAGAAUCGGUGCGUUAUCACGAUUACGAAUACGAUCCCGACCAAUCACUGGCCGGAAUCUCCAACAAGACGUAUUUGGAACCGACGGAUAUUUUGUGGAGCAGCAUUGCUCGCUUGUUGCCAUUUUGUCCUUUUGCCAAGACAUUGGCGCCACCCUUGGAAUCCGAAGUCAAGGCGACCUUGCAACAUCACUUUGGGAAGCCAAUAACACCAGCAGCAUCCUCCUCCACAAGCAGCGAUGCCACUUGUUUGGCAACCACGUGUACCGACACUGAAUCAUCGUCGUCAAGAGACGAUCAACAGUCACCACCACCACCAAGCCUCGAGUCUCAACUCUUUCAAAAGGGUAUAUUAAAGGCACCCUUAUUUGAUCCCGAAUACGCUUCCAAGUAUGAUGCCAUGGACAGCGAUGAAUUGGAAUACGAACUAUGGUUGGCCAUGAAUCGGUAUCUCAGUGCCACCAAGAUUCCCAUUUCGCCCAUCGUCUUGGGGCUUCUUCCCCGACGGGAUUUGCAAAUGAACAACAACAAUGAUGAUGAUAUUUCUUCUACUACUUCGAUUGCCACCAAUGUGGAAGAUUGGCCGUCCGACUUUUUGAUUUACAACAUUGUCCGGGACUUCGAGGCGACGCAAUUGGUGCCCACCAAUACUACGACUACGAGUACAACUACUUCUACGACUUCUACUUUGACUGCCAAGACGUUACGGCAUCAAAAGGCUCGACAUGAUUUUGUUCGAGUCCAUCCCCAUUAUCCCAAACAUCGUCGACAAAAGCGUCUGAGCUAUUCUGCGUUGAGCCUAUUGGAAAAGAAUGCCGAUGUGACCAAACAAUUGCGGCCGCAAUUCUUACAAACGCCUUCCACCAAACAACGACUAAGGCUCGUCUUGGAAAAAUUGGAUCAAUGGCAAGAAGAAUUCUGGGGAGAAUUUCAAUAA